CCAGCAGCUGCUGGCACCGAGCAGAGGGAGGAGCGCUCCGGCUGGAAGAGGUGGGACGCUCUGCCUGUCCUCAGCUCCUGACUGCCUGCAGCACUGCACGGUCUGGAAGGAGGAGUGGGAAUCGCCCGGUCACUAGUUUGGACUCGACAGCCUGAAGCAGAUGAGGAGAGAGGUUGGCAAGCGCAGGAGCACCAAUGGAGACGUCUCCAGCUCAUCCCAGGACCCUCAGCCCUCCAAGGUGGGACACGGCUCUGUUCCCCAGCCCAGGAGUGGUGCUCAGCACGCUUCAGGUAAGCUUUAUGAAGAGGAGGAGGACGAUGCCCUGCCAGACUCAGAUGCCCUGCCAGACUCAGAUGACGAGGUGGAGCUGGAUAAGCCGCGCCCCAUACAGAUUGUCCUUGCUCACGAAGAUGACCAUAACUUUGAAUUAGAUGAAUCAGCAUUGGAAAAAAUCUUGCUUCAGGAACAUAUUAAAGAUCUUAACAUAGUAGUUGUGUCUGUAGCGGGAGCUUUCCGCAAAGGAAAAUCUUUUCUGCUGGACUUCAUGCUUAGAUACAUGUAUAACAGGACUUCUCCUUGCUGGAUAGGAGGAAACACGGAGCCAUUGACGGGGUUUACAUGGAGAGGUGGAUGUGAACGGGAAACCACUGGCAUUCAGAUUUGGAGUGAAGUGUUUGUAAUUGAUAAACCUAAUGGAACAAAGGUUGCUGUACUACUCAUGGAUACCCAAGGUGCCUUUGAUAGCCAAUCCACUAUCAAAGACUGUGCGACGGUUUUUGCCCUGAGCACCAUGACGAGCUCUGUCCAGGUAUACAACUUGUCUCAGAAUAUUCAGGAAGAUGACCUUCAGCAUUUGCAGUUGUUUACAGAAUAUGGAAGACUAGCUAUGGAAGAAAUUUACCAAAAGCCGUUUCAGACACUAAUGUUCUUAAUUAGAGAUUGGAGUUACCCUUAUGAGCAUGCCUAUGGCUUGGAGGGAGGAAAGAAGUUCCUGGAGAAAAGACUGCAGGUAAAGCAAAACCAACAUGAAGAGCUACAGAAUGUAAGGAAGCAUAUUCACUCCUGUUUCAGUAAUCUUGGGUGUUUCCUGUUGCCCCACCCUGGUCUUAAAGUUGCAACAAAUCCAAAUUUUGAUGGGAGAUUGAAUGAUAUAGAUGAGGAUUUUAAGAAUGAACUGCGGAAUUUGGUACCGUUACUGCUUGCCCCCGAAAACUUGGUAGAAAAAGAGAUUAGUGGAUCCAAGGUGACCUGUAGAGAUCUUGUAGAAUACUUCAAGGCUUACAUUAAAAUUUAUCAAGGAGAGGAGCUACCUCAUCCGAAAUCUAUGCUGCAGGCGACAGCUGAGGCGAACAAUCUUGCUGCUGUGGCAGGAGCUAAAGACUUGUACAGCAAAGGCAUGGAGCAGGUGUGUGGGGGAGAUAAGCCUUACAUCGCCCCGUCGGACCUGGAGCAGAAGCACCAGGAUUUCCGCGAGAGCGCCAUCCGGCAGUUCCGCUCCGUGAAGAAGAUGGGAGGGGAGGAGUUCUGCCGGCGCUACCAGGAGCAACUGGAAGUGGAAAUCGACGAGAUCUAUGCAAACUUUGUGAAGCACAACGAUGGCAAAAACAUCUUUUAUGCUGCUCGUACCCCUGCCACUCUCUUUGCAGUCAUGUUUGCCAUGUACAUAAUCUCAGGACUGACUGGGUUCCUCGGCAUGAACUCCAUAGCUGCCCUGUGUAAUCUCGUGCUGGGGAUGGCUCUUAUAUCGUUUUGUACUUGGGCAUACGUUAAGUACUCUGGGGAAUUCAGAGAAGUUGGAACAGCCAUCGAUCAGAUCGCUGAAGCUAUAUGGGAACAGAGGAAUCCCAGGAAGGUGUUUUCCAAACUCUUUGAAGUCCUUAGACGCCGAACGGUUCGUCGUGCUCUUACAUCAGUGCCGCGACAGCGACUCUCAUCCAACAAUAACAAGAAGAAAAACUAGCCAGUAUUUUUAACUUUCUUUCUGUAUCUGAAGUGUUCACACUUACACAUAUAGGACAAUAAGCUGGACCGUCUGGGCCGGUCUGCAUAAAUGCUGUAACCAUACCAGACUGAUGCUGCAUACGGGGUAUGGAAUUGCACAUCCAUCUUCUAGGAACUGUAAAGUGGUUUGAAUUCAGUGAAAUUACUGCUGUGUAGGAGGGGUAUCACUCGUGUCCAUAGCAUGCGACUGCUUUAACCUCAUUACUCUAGCAGCAAAAAUUCAUUUCUCUUUCAGUUCAUGCCACUUUGUGUCAGACUUCAUCAUUCUAAGUUUUUUCAUGAUUUCGAGUCUCAUCUCUUUAUAUGAUUUUAUAUCUUAUUUUCCUUGGUUACCUCAUUUUCUUGUUUCUUUUGCACAUUUCUCAUUCCACAGGUGUUGAAGCCCAUGAGUGAUAAUUUGAUGGAGGAUCAUAUGAGGCAGUCUGUAAAAAACUCUAUCAAAGCAGGCCUGACCGAGCAGGUGGCCCACCAUGCCAGACUAAAGACAGACUGACAGUUCGUCUCCUCUUCAACUCUGCCCUCUCAUCCUAGCCAUGCUUGCUGUACCAUGAGAACUCAAUAAUAAUAAUAAUAAAAAGAAAAAUAAAUAAAAAUAAACCAAAGUUUACAAUCAACUGUAGAAGUAGUUUAGUGUGAUUGGCUUCACAGAUCGCUGCCAUCACCGGGGAAGAGUUAAGUUUGUCAGCGCUCAGCUUCCCAGUGGAACGGGUGCCACGGAGCGCGCUGGGGUGGGAGCGAGGGGCUCCGUUUUACACGGUGCUGGUGCCCCGCGUUUGGGGGAGGGAUGGGGAGCUUCCCCAGCGCUGAGAGUCCGUGCAGGCUCUGGCUUCCAGGGGCAGCUGUCCCCUGCAGGAGCUGACUUCAGGGAAGUGUCACGAUCGGCCCAGCGUCGCCAGCUCCGGCGAGCGUUGGUGCGUGCAGCCGUGGGAGCAGCCACUCCAUUACAGUCUCUUGCUUUUUGCCUUUUGCCAGUGUUCCACAGCUGCAUGUGCUGGUUCCUCACGCAGAACUGGGGUGUCAGGGAGGCGGUGGCUCGGCACAGAGGGCGUCUGGCCUUGAACUCGCAGGCCUGGGCCCGAGGGAGGCGCAGAUCGGAUCCGAGCUGUCUUUUUUUCCGCAGUUUAGCCUUCGUGUAUAUAAUAUUGCCAUUAAUUCUACUGGGGAAGAAAUUCCAUCCAAAAAUGUUGCCUACAGCUACCAAGCAAUGAGUUAGGAUUGUCUGUACAGUGUGUUUAGUUUUUAUUUUUUAAGAAAUCACAGAUAGGGCAUGUAUAUGAAAUAUAAAUAUAUAAAUACGAUUUUGUAUCAAAGUUUUGUAGUUUAUGGCAAAACCUGGUUCUGUGGUAGCUAAGUGCAGUUCCUGUAAAGGAAUGUUUGUGGCUCAUGUAAAUGUGUGAAUGCAUCAACGAUUUGAAGUUUUUUGAUAUAUUUGUGAUAUUUACCUGCCUUGAGCACUGCAAUCUCUCACCCCCUUGGGAAAAUCAGUGGGAAUGUUUGUUGUGAAACUCUUGUCUUCUGUUGCAUUUUAAAGUUAUUUCCUGUAAUUUAUUUUCAGUACAUGAUUAAAAUCGGUUGUGUAUAUAUGAAAUGAAAUCCGUGCUUAUUUUUAAAAGAUGUUCAAGUAUUGUAUUCUACUACAUAAACUAUGUCAAAUACUUAUCCUGACAAUUAUAUGAACAGAUUUGUUCUAUUGUACUUCAUAGCUUUCUAUUGAAGCCGAUGUUCCUCUCAUGCUUGUCUCUGGAAGGUGACCUCUGUCCAGCUCAUACCCCCUCCCUGUAUAGGAAAACCUCCUGCUUGUUCUUAAGCACGCUUUUGACUUGUGGAGUUGCUUGUCAGAUUCUGCCCUCCAGCAAUUGUAUCACUCUGAAAUCUUGUUACUGGCUUUACUUUCAUUCUUGGCUAAAUCGGUAUCAGCUGUGUGGAGCGUACAGGCAGCUGAGUAAUUAACUGCUGUACUUUCAGCUGGAAAUGGCUGUGUGCAAUAGCUGGGCUUUUUUUGCAUUCCUAAAUGGUAACAAUUCCCGUUAACAUUUGAGCUUUAACAUCUCCCCUCUCUCGAGUGAGGGAAAUCACCUGUCUAGGACUAAAGCAAUUGCACUGUGACUUUUGCACCGCAAAGAACUGCUGGGGAGCGGUGGUUACCUGCCCUCUGCAGGCGAGGGCUCAGCUCCAGGGGAAUGAUGCUAAAGAGGAGGUAGGAAUGUCGCAUUUUAUCAUAUCUCAACCUGUACAGAUUAAAUACUGUUAUUCAAACAA